GAGAUGGUGUAAUAUUGCCGUCUCUUUACUUUGGCGUAGACCCUUUACAGAAUAUGUUGUACCCUUUAAUGAUGAUACGGUAGAAACUCGAGCAAAAAUUACAUGUAUUGAAUUUCGAUCAUAUCAAGAACCAAUGUUCUCAUAUGCAAAAUAUCUUCAAGAACUUUCAGAUGUUUCAAUAAUAAAAUCAGUUAGAUUUUAUGCAAUGUAUCAAGCUCAUCAAUUUUCAUUUCAAAAUACAUAUAAUCCAAUAAUAGACGCAUUAUGGCAUAUGUUUAUGCGGCAAUGUACAAAAAUUAAUUCUUUAUCAAUAACAAUUUUAUCACCUAUAAAUUCACCAACGGGAAUUAUGAAUGUAAACAAUAUUAUGGAAGCGAAAUUAGCAUUAUCUCAUUUAAGAAAUUUUUCACUUGUAAUCUCUCAUAAUGAAAAUGAUUAUUGGAAAAUUCAAGAACUUUUAAAUAAAUUACUUUUAAAUGUAGAUUGUUAUUCAACAAAUAUUAUAACAGCUCCUAUGCAAGCACUUAAAUCUCAAGUAGACUGGUUAACAUCAUUAAUAUUUGAAUACGUACAUUUUGAUAUUAAUUCAGUAACAAUCUUAUCAACUAUGAUAAAUUUGGAUUCAUUACAAUUAAAAAAGUAUUCAUGGCCAAACGUUAUAAUUCCUACAAUAUUUGAGAGAACAGGAGAUACUUUAAAUCAUUUAGUAAUUGAUCAUGUUUCAAUUUAUGUAAUUCAAAUUGCAAAGGAAUAUUGUUUAAAUAUUAAAACUUUAUAUAUUCAAAUUGGAGUAGAAAAUUUUGAAUAUAUUUUUCCUUGGAUUAAAAAAUUAAAAUUAGAGAAAUUUAAUUUAAAAUUUUUAUUAACAGGAAGAAGUCGUAGAAUAACUUUAUCAAUCGAAGAAACAAGUAAAGUUUUACAACAUUUAGGACAAUCAAUACCUUUAACUUUAACCUAUUUAAGAUUAGAUGGAAUUAAAAUAAGCAAAAAAAUCAUUUGA